AUGUCGGUCGUAAUUGAAACGACCCUUGGAGAUAUAACUGUCGAUUUGUACUUAGAACAACGGCCUAUAACAUGUUUGAACUUUUUGAAGCUUUGCAAAAUGAAAUACUACAAUUUCAAUCUUUUUCACUCUAUACGCAGUGAAUUUAUUGCACAAACAGGAGACCCUACAGGUGAAGGUUCAGGUGGACAGUCAAUAUGGGGUAUCUUGGAAGGACCAGAAAAAAGAUUUUUCUCUGGAGAAAAAAUGCCAAAAAUCCGUCAUACUGGUGCUGGUUUGAUAUCAAUGGUAUGUACAGAUGAUAUGAUGGUAGGUUCCCAGUUCUUUAUUACCCUAGCCCCUGAUUUAGAUUCAUUAGAUGGAACACAUUGUGUUAUUGGAGAGGUUACAGAAGGCCAGGAAAUUUUAACUAAGCUAAAUGAAGUAAUAUGUGAUGAAAAUCAUCGUCCAUAUAGAGAUGUGAGGAUUACCCAUACUGUUGUAUUAGAAGACCCUUUUAGUGACCCACCAGGUCUUAGAGCUCCAUCUAGGUCACCUUCUCCAAAUCCAGAGCGAUUAAAAGGUGGAAGAAUUGCACCAGAUGAAGAAAUUGAUGAAACUCAAGGAAAAUCUGCAGAAGAAAUUCAAGAAAUGAUAGAAGAUAAGGAGGCAAAAGCUCGUGCUACAAUUUUGGAAAUUGUUGGUGACUUGCCUGAUGCAGAGAUAGCUCCUCCAGAAAAUGUAUUAUUUGUUUGUAAACUGAACCCUGUUACUACUGACGAAGAUCUAGAAAUUAUAUUUAGCCGUUUUGGAAAAAUUGUAAGUUGUGAAGUGAUAAGAGACAAAAAGACUGGCAACUCCUUACAGUAUGCAUUCAUAGAAUUUGAGAACAAAAAAUCUUGUGAAGAUGCUUAUUUUAAAAUGGAUAAUGUUUUAAUUGAUGAUCGACGCAUUCAUGUAGACUUCUCACAGUCUGUAUCUAAAAUGAGAUGGCUGGGAAAAGGGAGAGGUGUACAAUAUUUUGAUGAUGAUUCUAAAAAUUCACAAGUUAAAGAAGAUGACAAAGGAACGAAGAGGUACCGAGAUGAUAGGCACAAAAAUGAGAACCGAGAUAGAAGCAAACAUGAUAAUUACAGAAAUGACAGAGAUAGGGAGCAAAGACACGAAAGAGAUAGAAGAAAUAUAAGAGAGCGUAGGGAGAGAAGUAGAUCUAGAAUACAAGAUUCUCGAGAUAGGCAAAAAGAAAGAGAGAGAGAUAGGAAAACCUAUUCAAGGGAUAAUCAAAAAUAUAAUGAAAAUGGUAAUUCGGAAAGACUAGACUACAAAAAUAAUCACUCUAAAUAUCAUAGAUCCAAAAAUUCUCCAAACAGAAGUAAUAAAAGAGACUCAGCUAAAUCACCUAUAAGAAAUCAUAAGUAUUCAGAGCACAAAGAAAAACCUGAUAACAGAGAACAUAACAAAUAUAAUAAUACUAGUUACAAAAUGCAAAAACUAGAAAAUACAAAAAGUCGCUCAAGAAAAGAUCAACAAAAGAAUAGUGAAACAAGAAAUCAAAGUAAAGAAGACAAAAAUAUUGAAGAGCCAAAAACGCCAUCACCUAACCUUAAAAGAAAAAUAGAUAAUGAUGUGAAAAAGAAAAGUAAAGAUAAGGAAAGAAAGGUAAAAGAAAAUAAAAAGUCUACUAAACAUAGCAAUAAGAAGAAAAAACCAAGACCAUCUACAUCAUCAUCUGAUAGUUCUUCCGAUAGUAGUUCAAGCACUGAUUCUAGUUCAUCUAGUGAUAGUGACAGAAAAAAGAAAAAAUCUAGAAGGAAAAAGAGAAAAUAUUCAACAUCAAGUUCUAGCAGUGACAGUAGUACAAGCUCAAGUAGCUCAGAAACCAGUAGCUCUUCGUCCAGUUCUGAUAGUGAGCAUGACAAAAAAAAACAAAAAAAUAGAAAGAAGAAAGAUAAAAAAAUUAAAAAGCGGUUA